GCUGACUCCGUUGUGACACGCAUCCGCUCAAAUGUCCACUAAGGGGCAGUAUAUUCUUGCGCAUGCAUGGUCUGUUGUCCAAUAAUAAUGAUCAAUGAUAAUGCAGUUUCCUCUCCAUUCUCAGUACAAGGGGUGUGUUACUUGAUUAACAUAUUACCAAACACAGAGUUUAUUUCUUGGACCCAGAAUAAACCUAGUCCAGGACUAAAUUAUCUAUGGAGAUUUUACAUGGAGUGUGUUUUAGUCCAGGAUUUGGCUUUAAUCUGAGUUUGAACAACUGUCCCUUUCUCAUAUCUAAUUUUCUUCAAAUGACAAUUUUCUCUUAUGUUGUUGACCUUAUUUCCUAAUGUUGGCGCAGUUUGUAUUUAUUUAUAACACCCAAACCAUACCAUUUUAAUAAAUGAUCAGUGUCAUAUUACAUAAUGAAAAUAGAAGUUCAAUUUACCAAUUCAGUGUUAUUACUUUGGAAUUACAUAAUGCAUUCAGUACAUUUAAUUAGUGUUUUAUUAUUAUGAAUAUUAUAUUUUGGUUUAAUUAUUAUGACGUAUUCCAUGAUGUUAAUAGCAGAACUGCCCUAAACGAAAGAGUUAAAUUAUUGAAAUGUGUUGAGUAGCUACUUGGGCUACUCUGUGAUUGGGCAAAAAUUCCGAGGUCGGACGGACCGCAGUUCCCACUAAUGCGGUCGAUUCCUUGAUGGCAAGGUAUGUUAGAUCAAUUAUUGCAGUAAAUUCAUUAGAUGUAAAUGGUAUUUGGGAUUUAAAAAAGAGACAACUGCUUCUCUUCCAAAAUGUAUAAUGGUAGGAGUUAACUGUAACGCGAGCACAGGGCUUUUAUUUAGUUUUGACGCACGCUCGGUCCAGUGUGUUGGGUCUCGCACGAGCGUGAUGUGAUGACCGUCAAUUUAAAUAAAACCAGGCAUAUUUUAGCUGCAUGUUUGACAUUCACGUUUUCUAGUGUUAUUUUUCAUAGAGGGUAACAAUGUAUCUAGUAACUGAGCCACGCAUACUUUGAGCGAAGAGUGCGUGCAGUUCAACUUUUAGUGUUAAACUUUAAGUGGACAUUGAUAUGUUAAUUAUUUGGAUUAAAUCACCUUUAUUGUAAAGACAAUGUAAUCAUGAUAAACUUGUCACUAGUGGGAAACCGAUUCAAGACAAAUCAUUGCUGCUGGACGUUUCAGAUUUCAAGUGUUGAAGCCUUCCAUCCUGAAAGAAUGGGACUUUUAUGCAUUUGCCUGCUCAUUUGUGAGAUAAUCCUGUUGUCGGACUGUGCACGGGGGCCUCCCCGCGUGGCAGAGAAGAUCGCCCACCGGCAGACGGCGCGGAUCGGGCGCACCAUGAAGCUGCAGUGCCCAGUGGAGGGUGACCCGCCACCCCUCAUCAUGUGGACCAAGGACGGCCGCAACAUCCACAGCGGCUGGAUGCGCUUCCGGGUGCUGCAGCAGGCACUGCGCAUAAAAGAUGUGGAGGCCGAGGACUCAGGCACCUUCAUCUGCAAGGCCACCAAUGGCUUCGGCAGCGUCAACAUCAACUACACCCUCAUCGUCAUCGAUGACGCCAGCACUGGGAGGGAUGGAGCUGGAACAGCGGGAGACGCAGAAUACAGCACUGACCAGUCAGGGAAAUUUGUCCGACCACGCUUCACACAGCCAGCCAAGAUGAGGAAGCGCGUGAUAGCCAGGCCAGUGGGCAGCUCAGUACGGCUGAAGUGCAUGGCUAGUGGGAACCCUCGUCCAGAUAUCGUGUGGGUGAAGGACAGCAAGCUGCUGACCCCUGGGGAGGUGGGUGAGGGCCGUAAGAAGAAGUGGACUCUGAGUCUGAAGAACCUGACCCCUGAGAACAGUGGGAAGUAUACCUGCCACGUUUCCAACCGGGUUGGAGAGAUCAACGCCACAUACAAAGUGGAAGUCAUCCAGCGGACAAACUCCAAGCCCAUCCUGACCGGCACUCAUCCGGUGAACACCACAGUAGACUAUGGUGGCACAACCUCGUUCCAGUGCAAGGUGCGCAGUGACGUCAAGCCAGUGAUUCAGUGGCUGAAGCGGGUGGAGCCGGGGAACGAGAACAAGUACAACUCCACCAUCGAGGUGGGCGACCAUCGCUUCGUGGUGCUGCCCACGGGAGAUGUAUGGUCCAGGCCAGAUGGCUCCUACCUCAACAAGCUGCUCAUCACCCGCGCCAAGGAUGAGGAUGCUGGCAUGUACAUCUGCCUGGGCGCCAACACCAUGGGCUACAGCUUCCGCAGUGCCUUCCUCACUGUGCUGCCAGAUCCAAAGCCUCACCACAUCCCUGUCCCCACAGCCAUCUCUCCUAGCCUGCCCUGGCCUGUGAUCAUUGGCAUCCCAGCCGGUGUGGUGUUCAUCCUGGGUACUGUUCUGCUGUGGUUCUGCCAGUCCAAACACCAUUGCUCCUCUGGAAGGGUAGUUACCACCCACGCCUCACAGCGCCCGCCCCCCCGGGUGUCAGCCUGCCCACCAUCUAGCGGGGACAAAGACUGCCUGGGCUCUCUCACCUACGAAGAGUACAUUACCCAGCAGCAGCAGCUCCUUCUGGCCCAGGGAGGCAACGGCCUGGAGGUCCCCAAAGUCUACCCAAAGAUCUACACGGACAUUCACACACACACACACUCACACGUGGAUGGCAAAGUGCACCAACACCAGCACAUUCACUACCAGUGUUAGUUGCCACUGUCUCAACAGGGAUGCUCAUAUGUACAAAAGCACUAAUUAAUGCAGUGUUGGGUCGGCUCCCACCACCUACACCUUCGCCUCCUCCACGUGCCCAGUCCUGCCUUGAUCCUACAGACCCAGACAAACAGUCUGAGCCCGGGUGCUUCACACAAACCCCCUGACUGCUACAUACUGUUCUGUACUGAACAAAGCCUAGGGGAACAUGGAUCCAGUCAGGAUAGAACCCUCCAUGAGGUACAGAACAAGGGACAUGGCAAUGCCGUUCAGGAAUCCCACAUGUAAUAAUGUGAGUCCAAAUGGAGUAACAUUUCAUACAGACAUUUCACAUUAAACUCCACUCUGCAGAGAAAUAGAAACAUUUGUUUCUCUAGUCUAGAACAAUAUGAGCAAACUCACAGUGGCUGAAAUUAGUGAAUGUAUGCAUUUAGCUAUGUCUCAUUUGAGAGUCUUUACUCUGUAUGAAAAUGGCAGCAUUUCCUGCAACACCCCAUCUCCUCUCCGGCCUGCUUUCAUGUGCAGUGACUUUGGAAGGGGCUAAGAGGAUCAUGUACAUUAGCUCUGGAUUUUUGUCAGAUGCACAACCUCAGCGAGUAACGAAAGGAGUAAGGUGCGAGUAAGAAUCCUCAUGUGCCAUCCUGAGUACCUCAGAAGCAGGUCAACCAGCAGAGACAAAGCGUGAUUGAGUAAACAAAGGUCGAAUGUAUUCUGUUUCUCAAAAUGGUUAUCGUCAAGGAAAAGGACCUGCAAGGCAUUACAAUAUAUAUUUGUCUAUUGUACGUGAAUGGAAAAUUAUUUAUCUGUAGUAGGAAAUUGUAUGAAAUCCUUUAAAGAAGGUUUCUUUACUGGAGGUAAAGGUCCCUAAAGCGUGAAACACACAGAGAAUCUUACUACCAAUAGACUGCCGAUAGGUACAUGUUUCGUGCCGACCCGGUAGCGUUGUUUCUACUUGUAGAAUUGCAAUACUGUUCAGUGGGCAACGACUUGACUUUGAGCCAAUCAGAGAGCAUGAACCCCCACGUGGGGAACCCAACGAGUGACAACAUAAAGGAAAAAAGAGGGCAUUUUCUCUGUACAUCCACGGUCAUGAGCCAGUCACACUUCAUAGGCUAUGGACUGGUAGCUAGCUAAGUGCACAGACUAGAGGUCUUCACGGGUCCAAAAUGUUCUGAAAUGGACCUGGGGCUUUCGCACCCUGACCCGAUAUAAAUACAUUUUUAUUUAGAGACCCGGACAGACGCGACGAGAUCGAGACCCGUUCCGAACAGACCUGGUCGGAGCCAAACCUGGUUAGAUCCGAGUAAGGGAAGCAGCAAAGUCAUUUUUUUAAGCUACUUUAUUAACCGGAGCUAAUCAAGUGUGAGGGGAGAGAGAGGUGCCGCUCUAGAAGGUGGUGGAGCAUGGAGGGAGAGACGGCAACCAACCAAGCCAACUCACGAGAUAGUAGACUAAUUGCUUCCAUAGCUAGAUUAUUUAUCAUCAAAUAUGAUACUUGUCUUGACUGCAUCAAGCCGGGAAAAGCUAGCUAACUUUACCUAGCUAGGCUAAUUGAGGCUGCGGGCGUGUGCUUUCUCAUCCUACAGUUACAAAUAACAACAACUCCACUCAGAAUAUUAAGUAGCAGCCUUCCCAUUAGCUCUUGGUUGUUGUAGCCUAUCCUUCUUCUUUAACUUUUAAUUCCGGCAUUUUUAUUCCAUCUUCCAUUAGAUAUCUCCUAAAUGUGCCACACACUUUUGGUUCUAGGACUGAAUAGCCUAUUGCCGCUUUGAUGACUUAUGAUUGGCCAACAACAACAAGCUACAUGCGCAACGCUCCACUCUCGUGAAAAACAGCAUAAAUGAUCAACAUUUUCUCUCUCUCUCUACAGAGUCGCAUUCGGAUAUGUACAGGCUCUUCCGGACAAGUCAGUUAAAAUUACACAUACCGGCGGCCUUUGACAAUCAUAUCAGAUCAGACCCGUGACAUUAUUUAGAAUUCUGGAUCCGGACCCGCUCGGGUCUUGGGUAUUCAGGUACAGGUGGAUCAUUGAAGACCUCUAGCACAGACGCAUUGCACACAACACUGAAUACUUCUUCCAAUUUACUAACUACUGUAGCUAGUAUUGACAUUAUAAUUAAAUCACAAUGGAUUCAUUUACAUGAAACAGCUGCCUGUGUUAGCUGUCGAGUUAGUGUAGUGUCCUAUGUUGUGCUAGCUUGCGAAUAUGCUGACUUUAGCUAGCUAGCUAAACAUUUGGCUAUGGGCUAGCACAGGCACUAUGGGAUUAUGGAGAGUGAAUUAAAUUGGUCUGACCCGGACCUCCUGGGCACCCAAUCACAAAAGAGUCAUUCAAUUCUUGAAUGCUCGUCCCUACUUACCACAGCCACAAAGUCAUACAGGCCGCCUAUUCUUACAAUUUCUCAAAUUAAAAUGUGAUAUUAAACCUAAUCCUAAAUUUAACCAUAAACACACUGUUAACCUUAUGCCUAACCUUAAAUUAAGGCCAAAAGCAAAUGUUCGUUUAAAUGAAUUUUUACUAUAGACAAGGUUGACUUUGUGGCUGUGGUAACAAACCCUUUUUAAUUCUCAGGUGACAAUCUUUCUUUUUGUCUCUUGUCCUUUGUAUGUGUGUGUAUAAUGUGUGCAUAACUCUGACCACUAUAUGAAAGUGUGUAAUAUGUAUUUGACUGCUCAUGUAAUGGCACCCUUUUUAAACUUUGGGAAGGGAGACGGAAAGCUUGCCAAAAACCAAAUAACAGUAUGUCAAGAUUGCUGCAUUGUCUGUGAAAAGUGUCCUCACCCGAAUUGUUCAUUUGUUUUAUCCCAGUGUUUAUGUGUCAAAGCUAAUGGACUGCCAGAUUAUUAAUCCAUGCACUUAUUCCAAGUAUGUUGAUAGUGUUAAAGUUAAGCUAUUGCCCUCAGCUUUCUUUUGAGGAAUCUAGGACCAUGGAAUAUCCCAUGUCGAAUUGACUUAAACAUGUAAAUCCUAAGUAAUUGUCUAGACUAAGACAGUGUAUUUAAUUUAUUUUCAUAAGCAAGAUAUGUUUUUCUCCUACAAUUGAGCAUUAUGUCAUUUUUGUAUCCCAAAAAAAGACCAACUCGGCAGUGGAUUACAUUUUGUCUUAUAGUUACAGUGUAAGCUAUAUAGCAAAUACGUAAGUGUAAAAAAUAUUUAUAUGUGCCGUUCAGAUAUAUGGUAAUCUUUGUAUUGACAAUCUUGUACAGUCUAUUGUCUUUUAGGUUAAAAAAGAUUUUUGUCACAUGGAAACAUUUUAAUCAUUUUAUUAUCACCAUUAAAAUGAUAGUAAAUCUUCA